UUGGAAAAUUACUGCCCUAGUGGAGUGACUGUGGGCCUGGGGUGGUGCAGGAGAAGUAUAAAAGCCAGCCCUUCUCCUCGCUCUCACAUCCAGUCCUCUUGUCUCCAUCUCAUUGAGAACAAGGUGCACCUGCAGCCCCAAGACAUGUCCUGCUACAGCCCGUGCCGGCCCUGCCAGCCCUGCGGCCCCACCCCGCUGGCCAACAGCUGCAAUGAGCCCUGUGUCAGGCAGUGCCAGGACUCCACCGUGUUCAUCCAGCCCUCGCCCGUGGUGGUGACCCUGCCCGGCCCCAUCCUCAGCUCCUUCCCCCAGAACACCGUGGUGGGAUCCUCCACCUCGGCUGCUGUUGGCAGCAUCCUCAGCUCUCAGGGAGUGCCCAUCAGCUCCGGGGGCUUUGGCCUCUCUGGCUUGGGCAGUGGCCUCUGUGGCACGAGGUGCUUCCCCUGCUGAAGCUGCUCCCUGCA